UGGAGUGCUUCCGGGUCAGGUCACGGCCGGUUUCCCCUUCUCCUUUCUUCCUCUUCAGUCUCGCUAGCGCUGGAGUUGCGAUCUUUCCUUUAACCAAUGUCAGGAGAUGGUGAUGGUGCCCUUAGAAGUCCCUCUGAGGGAUCUUUAUCAGGAAUUGACAUCCUGCCAGAUGAGUCAAAGUAUGUUUGCACACUGUCUGCAGAGCUUAUUGCCAAAGCACGUGAAGAGCUGCAGGAAAAACCUGAAUGGCGGCUUCGAGAUGUUCAAGCCCUCAGAGACAUGGUGUGCAAAGACUAUCCUAACUUGGGAACCUGUCUAGAUGAUGCUUUCUUGCUCAGGUUCCUUAGAGCCAGAAAGUUUGAUUAUGAUCGAGCCCUUCAGCUUCUUGUGAACUACCACAGUUGUAGGAGAAGUUGGCCAGAGGUUUUUACAAACUUGAAACCAUCUGCUAUAAAGCCAGUUUUAGACUCUGGUUUUGUCACUGUGCUUUCUCACCUAGAUGAUGAAGGGCGCCAUGUUGUCUGCAUUCGACCAGACAGAUGGACACCAAGUAACUAUCCGAUUACUGAAAACAUUCGUGCCAUAUACUUAACCUUAGAAAAGCUCAUACAGUCUGAGGAGACCCAGGUGAAUGGAAUUGUAAUCCUUGCAGACUACAAAGGAGUCAGCUUAUCAAAGGCAUCUCAUUUUGGUCCCUUUAUAGCCAAAAAAGUGAUUGGAAUUCUUCAGGAUGGUUUUCCUAUUCGAAUAAAAGCUGUCAAUAUCAUAAAUGAACCUCGCAUAUUCAAGGGCAUUUUUGCCAUCAUCAAACCUUUCCUCAAGGAGAAAAUAGCAAAUCGGUUUUUUCUUCAUGGGUCAGAUCAGAGCUCGCUCCAUCGCAACCUUUCUCCAAGGAUCCUUCCGGAAGAGUAUGGAGGCAUUGCAGGGAAACUGGAUAUCUCUACCUGGAAUGAGCUGCUGCUUGCCUCAGAAGAUGAUUUCCUGUAUGACAUGUCUCACCUGGCUAUUUCCAGCGACUAUAUGCCUCAUGACCCAUUAAUGAGUGGGGAGAUAGAUGAGAAGCAAUGUGAUGACUCUUUGCGAAGCUUGAAAACACAACUCUACUCCUGCUAUUAACAUAGCCGUAAAAGCUUCCGAAAGGUCAUUCUACUGUCUGCAAAGGGAUUAUGAAUUCUGCCUUGUUUCUUAAGCUGUACCCAGAUGUGGAGACAGCUGAGGCACUUUAUAUUGGAACCAAAGCAUAUUUUUAAAAGAAGCCGUGGAGGAAGGGUGAGGCUCUGUGGCAAUCUGGCAAGAGGGUGCGUUUGGAGCCACUGUCAGUGUUUGGGCCUCUCUGAAAUGAAUUCCCCCAAAUAAUUGGCUAAUUAGGUAAUAUUGCUAAGGUUCAAAGCACAAUUACUUGAAAGCAAGAAACACUAAAAUUAAUGGAAUGCAUUUCCAAAUAGAUAUGGUUACGGUUAAAAAACUAGAAGCUCUCAAAGUGAAAGGGGAAGAAAUGCCUUACAAUUGAGGGAAUAUCUUGGGACUGGGCCGGACUGUGCAACUUGAGUGUUUUGGUCUAGCAGUCCCAUCAGCAAUAGAAUAUCCAAUGUCAAGGGAUUAUGGGAGCUGUAGAUGAAAAACAACUGAGGGAUUACAUUUGUCCUCUCCUGUCAUAUUGCCAUGUUGCCCCUUUUUCUGUGGAGAAAGGCACAAAUGUGGUAUAUAAGACCAGUUGGUUAUUUGAUGUCAGAUAAACUUCAUCCUUUUAUAUUGGUUGACAUGUUUCCUUAUACAUUCCCUUCACAUACAAACAUAAUAGACUUUUGUUUUUCAUAUGGAGUAUCCCAAUUCACAUUUACUUGAAUCUUGUAAUUGGCAGAUGCCAUGGUUAUUGCUAUAAUUGAAUGAAAGCACACACUCAUUUUGCAUAAAAGAAAGCAUCAAGCAGUCUAUGACUGUUUUUGAUACCCAUACUUGAACUUGUAAAAUAGUUAGGAAAGGAAUUGAAAGGAAAAGAAAUAAUUUAUCAUAAUUGUUCAGCUGUCAGUUUGUACCCCGCUUUGUUAAAAUUACAUUUUGGCAGAAGGACAGAUAAAUUGUUGUAGAUCUAGAUAUCUGUCCUGUAAGAGAAAAUAUAGUUGUUUAGAUACCUUUAUUUUGGGGAGAUAGCAUUUUUGGAAUCUCUGCGCAAACCAAAUGUAGACAGGGUGUUGUAUAAGCACAAUUUUUGAUUUGUAAAUGGCAAUAUUUUACAUACAAUGUGCAGUAUUUUGUCCAUGUUGUUUUGAUCUUGGUAUCUUUCAGUUUUGUUUCUGAAGUCCCUGUAUCAAUGUUUCAGAUCUUCCUUUAUUGUUGGUUUACUUUCAAGGUGUGUUCUGUGUUCACAGUUGAAUGUUCAUCCCUAUUUCAUCCUAUCAAGUUGUAGAUGAAGCAUUUGAUCCCUUUCUUCCCAUGCCUCCAGUGCUACAGGAUGAAACUUGGAUGGGGAUUGGAAACCUACACAUGUUGUCUAUUGUUCCAAUGUCAAUAGUGGAGCAAGUCAGCACUCAACAAAAUGGGAUUUUGAUAUCACCUUUUAAACAGUUGGAGCUGUUUGUUGAGGUUUUUAACUUGGUGCCAACUACGACCAGAAACUGGUGCUUAUUGUAAAUAUGAACUGUUAAGGUCUUAAGAUAUACCAUUGUAUUAUCAGUGCCAAACCUGUAUUAUUAUUAUUAUGAAUAACAACCACCUGCCUCUGUAUUGCCAAACCUAAAGGACUGCUACAUUGAAGUAUAGUUCCCCUUUGAGUAGGCGUGUUGUAUGGUAUAGUAACUAUCCAGAAGGCCGUGAAUCCUAUUUCUAAUUCCUACUGCAGGUCUCCAUUGUAUUGGUUGAAUAGGAACAGUAUAUAUUUUCCAUGCUUUAUACAGCUGCAUUACAUAGUACUACAUGGAUAUACAGUAAUUAGUAAAAAGUGAUUUACCCUUUGUCAGUAAGAGAGAUACUUGGUAGGAAGACUUCUCAGAGGUGCAUAAAUAGGAAAAUAUGGUCGAUGGCAUGCAAGGUAGUACUUGCCAGAUGUCUUAAAAGACUUUUAAGCCACCAUGGCUCAAUCAAGAAUGGUAAGGAUUACAGUCCAAGGCUAGAGUCAUGCAAGAGGCAUAAUCUUUAGUUAUGCUGCAAUGUAUAUUUUGGGGGUAUUCCACAUGAAGGUAUUUGAUACUUCCUUGCACAAGGCACCUUGUCCCAGCUGUGCAGCAACAAUGAUUAAGGACUGCUGGUGUAACACCAUCUUCCCCUUCCACAUACACAUAGGAGCUGCAGGUGUGUGCUAUAGCAGGUUCACUUGCCCACUGUCUUUCCUCGGUACACUAGUCAUGCUGAAUAUAUCCAGGAACCCAGCUAGACAUGGGCUGGCAUGAUGGAACUGCACCCAAGAACUCUUUCCCUGUUACGCAGCUGGGGAAGAAGUAGAUAAAAGAACAUCUUCCACUCCCAGCACUAGUGAACUGGUUGCCAAUUUGUUUAUUGAAUUUUGGCCUAACACAGGUCCCCCAGUCUCUAGACAUGACUAAUGGUAGAUGUAGUCAGUAAUUUGAAAAGCUCCAUCUUGCCAAAACAUGAACAUCCUUUUUAGUGAAGUAAAAAUCUUUCAUGACUGUGGUUGAAGUGUACUGCUUAAAACAGCCA